AUGGCCGCGAAAGCCCGCGCUCGCUCUCUACGAGCAACCCGCACUACCUUGACGCAGAGAAUGCUGGCCCGAAAUGAUGACAUUGCCAUAGAGGUAUUAAUUGACAGUCUGUUCUUGAAGUGUCCGAGCCCUGAUUCUCAAGCCAACGUCGAUCAGCCCAUUUUGAAAACAACCAAAAGUAGUCUUAAAUACUUACCGCUCCGAGGUUUUCCUGCUGCUGAUGCCUCGCGUAUCAUCCGCGAUGUUUUGAUUGCGAAGGGGAAUUUCGCUAAGACUGAACAAGAACUGUUCGGUCUACCCGGCCUUCAAAAAUUGACAGAAAGGACUCUUAGUCCCACCGAGAAACAAUUGCUGAGGAGACACCUUCGCAUAUAUUUCCGUAUGUUUCGGCCACAAUGUCCAUUCGAAAUUAAGUUUAUCAAUGCGUACGAUUACACGCGGUUCGAAGCUGCCGUUUUUGCCCGAAAGCCCAUCAAAGCCGGUGAGUUUGUCAAGUACCUCAUAGGGACUACUGCCCGCCUGAGUGACAAGGAAGAGGCUUGUCUACGCCAAACAGGGAAGGAUUUCAGUAUAGUCGAAUCGGGCAAGAAAUCCGUAUCCGUACUACUAGGGCCUGCGCGGUUUGUCAACCAUGAUUGUAAUCCAAACUGUCGUCUGUUCACUGUGAGGUCCGGCAGAAUGGUCGUAGAGGCUCUUCGCAAUAUCGAAAACGGAGAACAGAUUACUGUUUUUUAUUGUGACGACUAUUUUGGUGACGGAAACCUAGAUUGUCUUUGCGCAACGUGCCAUGGAACCCCUCCCUGGUCUGUUACUACCAUCGCGCUGAUGACAAAUGACCGCACGUCAUCGGACGAGGCUGGUUGCCAACGAAGGAAACAAGUUGGAAGCCAUCGACGAUGCACUAAAUGA